GUGCUGUUGUACGAAGGUCCGAAACAUAGGUCUUCCGUAAGUGGCGUCUCCAAGUGCGCGUGUGGUUGAGCAAGGAUGCUUGAUAUCCGGUGUAGCCCACCCAUCCUGGGGCCGACGCGCUUGAGGUUCGCCUAGAGCGGGUGCUGGGCGCGACUUGGAGGCAGAUUUACAUGGGAGGGGUUCUUGCCUGCCAGAGGCCUCCCGUCGAGAAAGAAGAUGCAGAUGGCGUGUCUGUGCGAAGCUGCAGCACUCAACACACAAUCGGUGCCGAUCGAUCAUCGACGGGCAGGGUCAGUCACUUUGCAGAGCGGACUACUGCCAGGUCCAUCGACUGGGGUGGGCCCACACCAGUGGUCAAGAUAGCUGAUGUGGUAGUGGAGCUGGCAACCUCGCCAAGGGAGCUAGAGAACGGGGUGGUGGAGUGGGAUCAUCCCUAUCAAUGGCACGAGCAGGGGCCCCCCAUCCCCCCCUGCCAGGAAGAGCGCCUCACCACCGUGCGAGCCAUUGUGCCUGGAGCCUAUACAGAUCCGCCGUACCCCAAGCUUGGCCCGCUGCUGGACCUGGCCUGCAAGAUAUUUGGCACGGAGUCGGCCGGGGUGACAAUCUUGGAGAAUCGCAGCAUGUUUGUGGUAGAGGGCCGGGGGCGGCUGCCGCGCGGCCGCCUUGGCGAGGACAAUUGGUCGUCCGGCUUCUGCUGCUGGUCCACCGCGGGCUCGCACCCCACCGUGCUCACAGUCGAAGACUCCCACAACGACGCCAGGUUUCAGCGCAGCAAAGUGGUGACAGAGGGCUUGAAGCUCCGCUUCUACAUGGGGGCUCCACUCGUGGCCAGCAACGGCCACAGGAUUGGCACAUUCUGCGUGAUGGACCCAAAGCCGCGCAAGGUGGACGCCACAUCGGCGCAGAUCCUGAGCAACAUCGCUGAGCUGGCCAUCCGCGAGCUGGAGAAGAAGUGGGCCAUGCAGCUGGAGCGCGCCUGCCUGGACCACGUUCUGCGCUCACUGGACUGCUACGACCAGGGCUUCCUCUUCGUCGAGGCCUCGCGCGCAGACUGGCAGAUCAUCCACGUCAGCCCCGCAGCCGCCCAGGAGACCGGUCUGCCAGAGGGCACGCAUGACAACAUGCCCUUCUGGGACAUGUUUGAGUUUGACAGCGGCAUGGAGGGCGCUUUGGAGGAGUUCAGAAAGGCAGCAGAGUUGUGCAAGCCGUUCACAAUGGCAGGCGUGCGGCUGAAGAAGAGGGGCGAGGACGGCGAGCCCUCCCUGGGACUCUGGGACCUGUCCUUCAGGCCGGCCUCGAAGGACACGCUGUCGCGGGAGAACUGCGCGCCCGUGGGCAUCCCCUGCACGCUGCCGGGCACGCUGCCGGGCUCGACGGCGCUGGCUGCGCUGUCCAUGUUCUUCGUGCAGGUGGAGGCCAGCUACGAGGAUACGCACGAGGUGGCCGCGCCCUCGCAGGACAUCCCCACCUGCGCCCCCAAGCACCUCCCCUUCCAAGACCUGGAGCUGGGGCCGCUGAUCUGCAAGGAGGACCGCAUCCGCUUCUACCGGGGCACCCACCACGGCAGAGACGUCGUGCUCAAGAUCAUCGACAAGGCGAAGGACGGCGGCUGCGAAGAGGACACCCUGGCGCUGACGGGGGCGGUGACUACGCGGUUACGUCACCCCUGCAUCGUGCGCGUGCUGGCGCACUGCGUCACCGACGCCGGCGCCGGCGUGAAGCCGUGGGACUCGGCGCUUAGUCAGCAGGGGGCGCGCUACGACAACGCCUGCUGGAUGCUGCUCGAGUACUGCGACCGGGGCACGCUCGUGGACGCAGUGCAGCAGGGAUGGUUUCUGAGGGGCGGCGUGGCCGGCGCAGAUCCGAACGUUGCAGCCAUCAAGACGGCGGCACUGCAGAUCGCCACUGGGAUGGCCUACCUGCACGGCCGCGAUCUCAUUCAUGGCAACCUCAACGCAGAGAGCGUCUGGCUGACAUCUGUUGAAGGCCAGGCCAGCGGUGAGGGAUCACAGCAGCAGCAGCAGGAGGGCGGCGGCAGAUGGGGCGGCGCUUUCAACUGCAAGGUGGGCAAUUUUGCACUGGCGCGCGAGACCAUCCUGGCGCGGCUUUCCAUGGACUCCUACGCGUCCAUCUCCCACCUACCCCCCGAGCUCCUCAAGGACAAGACCAUCACCAAGGCGGCGGACUGCUAUGCGUUUGGGAUUCUGCUGUGGGAGAUGUACACCAGCAACAUUGCCUGGGCUAACAUGAGCCACGCGCAGGUCGUGCGAGCAGUGCUCACCAACCGAAAGCUCGUCUGGCCGUCCCACGUGCUCGGCCCCUACAGGGAUCUGGCGUGCGCAUGCAUGGCAUAUGACCCCGAGGACCGGCCGGCCAUGUCGGAAGUCGGUGCAGCGUCGGGCCUCCUGUCGCCGCGCAAUGUGCGGCGCGGCUCAUCGCGGAGAUGCAUCUCAGACGGAGUGCUGCAUUUGCUUGAUGAUCUGGCAGUGGUGCUGCUAAAGCCAUCUCAAGUCUGGGGGCUCUUUGAGGACAAGGCUCCCGGGGAGGAGAGGUUUCUCCGUCCCUCGUCACUGCCGCCCAGAAGCAAGGUGGCGGCACAGCAGCACCCGAUCACAACGCUGACGAUGUUCUAA